AUGACAAUGUGCUCUUAUUUUUCUGAGAACCUCCAUAUUAGAUUCUUUUGCAGUGUCACUUCCACCCGCUUUCUUCACUUAUGCUAUUUUUCUAAUGUUUUCAUUGUUCUCCCCCCCCUUUGCUUCGGAAUCGCCGCGCUGGAUUUGUUCCAAUCCCAGCUGAUUUCCGCCAUGGACAAAGAAUGGCAUCCGGAUCACUUCACUUGUGCCAAUUGUGGAACCGGAUUAGUCCGGGUAGAUUUCUACGAGCGUGACAAUAAUCCGUACUGUUUGGAUUGUCACGCACGUCUAUUCUCCCCCAAAUGCGCCUAUUGUGGUGAAGCGAUCCUUGAGGUGAGCAUGCCAACUUGGCAUCCGGAACACUUUUUCUGUUACGGUUGUCAACGGGCAUUCAAUGACAGCGUCACCGUUCAUGAACACGAGGACAAAGUUUACUGCCCAACCUGCUAUUUGGAUCGAUUUGGAACCCGAUGUCAUGGUUGCAAUCAACCAAUCACGGACUCCUAUAUCACCGCGCUGAAUGCACCUUGGCAUCGGAGCUGUUUUGCAUGUCAAGUGAGUAUCGUCAUCGACGGUUCCAAUUUUCACGAAGUAGAUGGUUAUCCACUGUGUGAAUCCCAUUACUACACACGUCGUGGCCUGAUAUGCAGCACUUGUUCGAAACCGAUCACUGGCAGAUGUGUGAACGCGCUGGGAAAACGAUAUCACCCGCUCCAUUUCGUCUGUGCUUAUUGUCUUCAGCCUUUGCAAAGUGGCACAUUCAAGGAGCACACUAGCAAGCCCUACUGUCAUCAGUGUUUCGCGCAGCUUUUUGGUUGA